AUGCCCGACUCCAACAAGUCGUCGACUCCCGUCGUCGCCAUUGUUCUUCCCACCUUGUUUGCCAUUGUUCUGGUCAUCAUCAUCGCAACCACCGCAAUAUUCCUACCGCGCCUCCUCGGCAAAGAACGCUCGGACAAGGAGGAGUGUCAGAAGAAGCGCAUGCACAAUCUCGAAAAAGCAUGCAAGUCUCAAAUUUUUGAAAAGUGGUGCUCCGAGCACGAGUCCCAGCACCCCGAAUACAAAUCACAGCACCCGAUUUGUACUAUUUGCCUCGAAACCAUCGAAGAUAUGGCCCACAUCCGCAACCUCGGCUGCCAGCACGUCUUCCACCAGGACUGCCUCGACAACUGGUUCUCGCGCUUCAACGAGUUCUGUCCGCUCUGUCACCGGCCCAUUCUGCCCCGCCUGAAUAGCAAGGACUCGAAGACGUCCGUGGAGACUGGGCACGAUUCCGCAAUCGCGGGCAUGGUAUGA